UUGGAUUGUUACUUGGCUAUGAUUGAGCCCAGAUUUGCUUUGCCAAAUUGAAAAAGUUAAAAAUUUGCUCCUCACCAGAGUUGUUCUUUAAAAGGAAAUUAUAAGGAGGAAUUUCUAGGGAUCUCUGAACAGUGUUAUCCAAAGCAGGGCUGAAUAAAAGAUUUGAAAUGGAUUAUUAGCUUGCAGCCCAGACGGGAUUGCAGCUUUAGUGAUGUAGCUGCAUUGAUGCUAAAGGAAACAAAUCAGUUAAACUAUUACAAUCAAAAAGAUGAACAGUAGAAACGGUAAUCUAAACAAACAAAAAGGCAAUUUGACAUAAAGAAAAAACUGCAUAAUGUUUAUCACGAACAACAGUUAAAUAAGUAAUUCAACUAGUUAGAUGUGCGUCAUCUAUUGGCAGCUUUCACAGUAAAGCAAGAAAAAUAAGAAUAAAACAUGACUAUGUAGGGAACUCUACGAAUAGCUCACAAAAUGUAAAAAAAAAAAAACAUCUAACUAAUAACUACACCUCAGAUGACCACUGCUGAAAACGUGCAGUAGCCCAUAUCAGCAUGCUCUGUGUGUACCGUAGAUCUCAGAGAUGAGCAAUGACACACUCCGCCAGCCCAUCACACAGAAAUGGAGCCAAACAAACCAUCAGAGCUCCAGUGAUUACUGCCAGGGAGCAAACAUUUGUUUGGCCGCGCUGUACAAGCACAGAUAGGCUCUGGCCGCAUUGACAGGGUCACCUAAAUUGUGUCGCUGACGUCUGAUCCUUGGUGUCAAAACCAUUAAGGAGAAAACUGGUUCUGUUGAUAAUCUAUUGAUCAGUGCGUGAUGGAUGACCCCAGGGGGAAAUAUAAGUAAAAGUUCCAGGUGGAGGGAAGGAGCAGAGCGGAUCUGACCAUUGGAACCGAGAGAAGCCAUGCAUUCUGUGGUGCUGAUUUACCUGACCGCUGUGGUUUGCUCUGAGACAUGGACGCACGCUCUGCCCCUGUAUCCCGAGGCAGACCAGGAGCAGCAGGCAGAAUUCAUUCAGAAGUUAGUGUCAGAAGUUGAGGAUGGGGCCAGUGUUGCUGAGGGAGACAAGAGGGAAGUGAGUAACCUGUAUCCUUUACUGAUGCAGCAGAAUGGAGGAAGAGACUCCUGGCACAAAGCAAAAGAUGCAGCACAACAAGACAAGUAUACUAACAUGGUUGAGGACCUUAAAGAAGUCGUCUUGAAGCUGGCAGCAGCCGACAGGCUACGGUCGCAGGGUUUCCUCCGAUCAGAGCAGAGCUUACCCAAAACAAACAAAAGAGCAUGUUUCUGGAAAUACUGUGUGACCAACUAGAGCCCAGCGGCCGGACCUUUGGAGGAACUCUGUUGGAACCGCCCUCCCUCUCCAUUGUUGAUUUUAUUUCCCCUUAGACGGUGCGUCCAUCAUGUAUAUCAGAAGAAAAGAACAUAUAUUUUCAAAUCUCUGAACUUGUCUUUUUUGUGUCUCAAAAUAAACUUGAAUUUCAGAAUGCAA